AUGACAGCGGGCAGCCAGGCCUCUUUGUCCAGGUUCAGAGGGGCAUUGGUGGCAGGGGUUCUGGGGGACUGUGUCGGUGGGGAGUUUGAGGGCGCAGAGGAGGUGCCCAUGGAAAGCGUCUUGGCGCAUCUGAGUGGACUGGACGAUGAGACCAAGCGGACCGGAGAGCUUGAAUAUAGCGAUGACACUGCUAUGGCCCGAUGUGUGGUUCAAUCUCUGCUCGCCAAAACAGGCUUCGAUGAGCAGGACAUGGCUCGCAGGUUUGCAAAGGAGUACAGUGCCUCCCCGGGUCGUGGAUAUGGGUCCGGUGUCAUUCAGGUGUUAAAGAAACUGUCCUGCCCGCGGCUCAGUGACGUCUUCCAGCCGGCAAGAGACCAAUUCAACGGUCGGGGGUCUUUUGGAAAUGGAGGUGCAAUGAGAGCCGCACCCUUCGCAUUGGCUUUUUCUGAUGCCGUUGAUGUUAAAAGGUGUGCUCGGUUGGGUGCUUUACUCACCCACUCGUGCUCUUUGGGUUACAAUGGUGCGAUCCUUCAAGCGCUUGCGGUCCACUACUCUCUGCAAGGCGCAUUACGGUCACCUCAGCAGUUCAUCAAUCGUCUCAUUGCAGAAAUGGAAGAGGUGGAGGAGACCGAAGUUGCACGGAAGGAUGCGAGAAUAUUGAAGGAAGCAGAGAAGCCUUUUUGUGAAAGACUUCAUAGAGUAAAGGAGCUGAUGGACAAGAGCAACAUCAGCAUUGAAGAAGUCAUUUUACAACUGGGAAACGGCAUUGCAGCCCUUCACUCCGUCCCCACAGCCAUCUUCUGUGUCCUUCACUGUCUUAAACCUCUGGAGUGUUUACCACAAAGCUACGGAGGACUGCAGAGGACAAUCGCUUUCAGCCUGGCUCUGGGAGGGGACACGGACACUAUUGCGUGCAUGGCGGGGGCAAUCGCUGGAGCACACUACGGCAUCGAGACCAUCCCUCCGUCGUGGAUCAAAUGCUGCGAGGGAGCGGAGGACGCAGACAGAGACGCUGAAAGACUACACACAUUGUAUCACCGAAUGACAAAGGAUGAUGCAAACAGCACUGGGGAGAAGAGCGCCGGAGAUGGAUCCAGAAAUGGGACGACAAAGACGGGAGGUGACUAA